CAGACUUGUUGUCUCCGGAGGAAGGUUCCGAUCUGCCAGGUGUUGAAGACCACGUGCUGAAGACCACGUGUUGAAGACCACGUGUUAAAGACCACUGCUGAAGACCACGUGUUGAAGACCACGUGUUAAAGACCACUGCUGAAGACGACGUGUUGAAGAGGCGUAGCAAGGAUGCCAUCACUGGUCGGGACCUCCGCCCUGCUUGUCCUGGUGACUUGUUCAUCUUAUGGUCAAGUUGUUCAGCCAACGAGCACCAUCUGCACUGCCCUCUGCGUCAACGAGAAGAAGCCAGUCUGUGGCUCAAACCAUGUCACCUACGACAAUGACUGCCUGCUGCUUAAAGCUGCCUGUGUUAACCAUGGCCUGAGGAAGCUGCAUGAUGGCCCUUGCAAGCCAACGAGCAACAUCUGCACUGCUUUCUGCCCCAACGUGAAGAAGCCAGUCUGUGGCUCUGACAAUAUCACCUACGACAAUAACUGCCUGCUGCGUAAAGCUGCCUGUGUCAACCGUGGCCUGAGGAAGCUGCAUAAUGGCCCUUGCCAGACAACGAGCACCAUCUGCACUGCCCUCUGCGUCAACGAGAAGAAACCAGUCUGUGGCUCAAACCAUGUCACAUAUGACAAUGACUGCCUGCUGCUUAAAGCUGCCUGUGUUAUCUAUGGCCUGAGGAAGCUGCAUGAUGGCCCUUGCAAUUAGAGUCAACUCCACAACACUUCUUAUCAGCGGCAUUCCAUUUUCCGAGCAGAUUACAAGUCCCUUGGAUUUGUGCGCUGACAGUGCCGCCCACCGCACACCACCGCCGCCCACCACACACCACCGCCGCCCACCACACACCACCGCCGCCCACCGCACACCACCGCCGCCCACCACACA